UCGCGGAGUGCGGCUACACGCAAUACAGAUGGCUAGCGGGGAAGGCCAGGCUCUGUACAUGCGGAGUGCGCCUCUGCGUCGCCUGCGCCACCCGCUAGAUGAGAGCCCUGUCUGGUCAUUGCUGGGGUCAGCGCUGGGGGCACUAGUGGCGCUGCUGGUAGGACUUCCUGUGCUGCUGGUACUCUCUGUGCUGCUCCCUGUCACCCUGGCAGCUAGGUGGCUACUGCUGCUCCUGUAUUGGAACCGUCGCCGCCCCCUCAUCUCUGCUGCAGAGAGUGUAGGCAGUGGUGGAGGUGCAGAGUCUAUGCGAGGUAAUGACUGUCGGUGGCUGGGGGCUGCCUGGCGCUGCUCACUGCUGCACGCUGGUAUGUGUAACUCAUGA